UUCCUCCUUUUCUAGGGAAAAAAAAAAACAAUGACUUGAUACAAUUUCUGAAAACAAAGCCUACCAAAAUUCCAUUUAACUGCAAGAUUUUCUAGUAUUACUCAAAGAAAGAAACUACAAGAGAAGGAGAGAGUCUUCUCACUCACUCCCAUCAAUCUCAUCAUAACCAAAUUCAGCCUAUCAAUGCCCCAAAUUCAACUUCUAAAUCUUCUUUGUUGCUCCAUUUCCUUUCUCUUCACUCUUUAUCUCUCUCCUCUAAAAUGGAAAUUCUGUAAGAUCAAUCAAUAAUCUGACUUUUCUUUGUUUUUUAUUUAUCUUUGCUUUUCUUAAGUGAUUGUGUGUGGUUGUUUUCAUCAACAGUAACAUCUGCCAACCAAAAAUAAAUAAAUAAAUCUCAUCCCUGCAGCAAGAAUUAUAAGAAAGAAACCAGAGAUUCAGUUCCAUCGAUCUUCUAAAUUACUUUUCUCCCUUCUUUCUCUCCUUUAUAUUAUUAUACUACUACUCUCUUACUAUCACAAGAAGAAGAUGAGAAAACCCUAAAAAAAGAUAAGCAAAAACACCCUUCGUACGAACAACCAGAACCAUAUAUAUAAACUACAAGAAAGAUUGGAUAGUUUGUCUCAGUUCUUGCUCUCUAUCUCCAUGGAUUCAAUCCAAGAACUGGACAACUCAAACUCUGAAAACGCAGGAAGCCUCGUCCCGAACCUUGCCACGCCCAACAAUAACUCAGUUAUUGCAGCCCCUUCUUCAUCAUCUGCAUCGCCAACAAGUUCCAGCCGCUAUGAGAACCAAAAGCGACGCGACUGGAACACCUUUGGCCAAUACCUUAAAAACCACAGGCCUCCUCUCACUCUGUCUCGCUGCAGUGGGGCACACGUUCUUGAAUUUCUUCGUUACUUGGAUCAGUUUGGCAAGACCAAAGUACAUACCCCUAUCUGCCCUUUCUAUGGGCAUCCAAACCCUCCUGCUCCUUGCCCUUGCCCUCUCCGCCAGGCAUGGGGAAGUCUCGACGCCCUCAUCGGUCGUCUACGCGCUGCCUUUGAAGAAAACGGUGGGAAACCUGAGGCUAACCCAUUUGGUGCACGCGCUGUGCGGCUUUAUCUUCGUGAGGUUCGUGAUUUGCAGUCUAAAGCAAGAGGGAUUAGCUACGAGAAGAAGAAGCGUAAGCGUCCACCUCAGCAGCAACAAAUUCCCCUUCUCCCACCAGCGCCGGUGCAGGUUAGACACAUGAUGGAAGAAGAGAAAAUAAAGAAAAUCCGUAAGCAAGCAGUUUUCACAUUAUGGUCUGUUCUAGCUCCUUCUUCUUAUCUUCUUUUGGUUGAUCUAUGUGGGCUCUUUUCUUAUUUCUGAUUAUUGUGAGUUAAUAUUAUGGUACUUUGGUACAUGUAGAACUAGUCUACUUGUUUUCUCUGUUGUCGUCUGUCUGUUUGGUUUGACAGAAAGCAAAUGGUUAGAUCUGGGGUUACCUUUGAAUCUGCUUUCGAUGCGAGUUACAGUGAUGGUUUUACCAGUUGGAGACUAGUAGUUAAUAAUUUAAAAGUGGUAGUAGGAUUAAUUGUACUUGCAGUUGUUGUCUAUGUGGAACCGAGAGAGCAUCUAAUUGCCCUCCUUGUUCUAUGCACUUGAAUAUUCAUCUAUGUCAAGUAGUAGAUUUGCAGAUUAUAUAUAUGUAUUUCUUCA